ACACCGGACAAUAAAAAUAAAAAAGUUGGAUUCAUUGCCAUGAAAAAGGAAGGUACGAUCGGCCUUGUGACGUUUUCCUGGAAAAAAAAGUUCCAACGGGGAAAUAAUUCAUGUAUGCAGCAGACUCCAUCUCGUCCCCCACCUUUUCUUGCAAAAAGUUCUUUUUCUCAAGUGUGAGUUGCUCUGUACACCAUGGUCUGUUCACAUAUAGCCAAUACGACUCUUCAUCCACCUUCGGCAUUCGCACAAGUACAUAAAGAAGAAUGUACUCAGUGCUUUGACAGUCAAGAUGGAGCAGAAGGCAUUGACGUUUGUUUGAGCUGUUUCAACGGCGGAUGUUUGGAUAAAGAAAGACAUCAUGCUUUAACACAUUAUCAGUUAUCGGGCCAUCCUCUGACGUUGAAUAUAAAGCGCAAACUUUGUAAAACCAGCAACACGAAGCGGACGGAUGAAGACAGUCCGCCACCUUUCAAAAUCACCAAAGUAGCUAUUGAGGCAGAAAAUGAAGCAGACAAAUACGAGUAUGAAACCAAAGUGCGUUGCUACAUUUGUCAAACGGAAGAGGACAAAGAUGUCUCCCCCAAGAUAAACUCUAUUGUCGAGGCUAUUAUGAAUUCUUUAUCAUCCGCCAAACAAUCCGAAGUGAAAGCGUGGCAGGAGGACGACAUUACAGCUUGUGAACAUACACUUUGUUUGACGCAAGAGCCGCCUAAAAAGUUGGAAGCACAGGCUUUAGCUCAUUGUGCCGACUGCGAGUUGAAUCAGAACCUUUGGCUCUGUUUAGUGUGUGGUAAUUUAGGUUGUGGACGUCGACAAUACGAUGGAACAGGAGGCAAUCAACAUGCUAUUGAGCAUUUUGAAAAGACAGGGCAUGCUGUCAAUGUGAAAUUAGGAACCAUUACACCUGAAGGCACAGCCGACAUUUACUGCUAUAGUUGUGAUGACGCUCGUCUGGAUGAGAACCUUUCUCUUCACUUGGCCAACUGGGGCAUCAACGUAGCGCAACAAACAAAGACGGAAAAAUCCAUGGUGGAACUACAACUAGAACAAAACCUUCAUUUUGACUUUAGUAUGACAACAGAAGACGGAAAGCAGUUGCAGCCAAAGUUUGGACCUGGCUACACUGGAUUCAAGAAUCUAGGCAACAGCUGUUAUAUGGCUUCUGUCCUUCAAUCUAUUUUCAACCUGCCUAUCUUUCAAAGACGUUAUGGCAAGGAAUUAGAGGAUCAUAGCCUCACAUGUACGCAGGAUCCAGCGCAAUGUUGGUAUUGUCAACUGCAUAAAUUGGCGGACGGCCUCUUAUCCGGUCGUUACUCUCUGCCUGUACAAGAGGAUGCUUGUCGUGAGGGAGACAGCAGGCAGACGCCAUCACCACCACCACAACAACAAACAGGGAUUGCUCCUGCUAUGUUUAAAACGUUGGUGGGCAAGGAUCAUCACGAAUUCUCGACGAUGCGUCAACAAGAUGCGUUUGAAUUCUUCCAAUUCCUUCUGAAACAGAUUCAACAAAAGGAAAAUAAAAACAAGGAAAACGACCCAACGCAAGUGUUUCAAUUUGAAUUGGAGCAGAGACUGCAGUGUGGAAAAUGUAAGCGAGUCCGCUACCAAAAGGAUGCCACCACGAGUAUUUCGAUCAAUGUGCCAGCCCGUCUAAAGAAGGACAGCGACAGCAAUGCAUACGAACCAGUCACUCUCGAAGAAUGCCUAGAUGCUUUUGUGGAGCCAGAAGUGGUAGAAGGAUACAAGUGUCCUCAAUGUAACGAAAAGACGACUGCUUUUAGAUCGGUCAAAUUCAGUACGUUCCCAGAGAUACUGGUGAUGAAUCCUCGUCGAUUUGCGUUUAUGGAUUGGGUUCCUCAAAAAUUGAAUAUUCCUAUUCUCUUUCCGGAUAGAAGCCAGCCGAUCCAGCUGGACAAGUAUCUAAGCCAAGGCCAACAACCGGAUGAAGAACUCUUACCGGAUGACGAAACAAUGACCGAGGCAGCCACAGCCGAACCUGCAUUCAACCAGGCUGAUUUAGACCAGUUGCUGAUGAUGGGCUUUUCAGAAAAUCGAUGUAAGCGCGCCUUACUCAAUACUGGACAUAGGGGGGCAGACAUGGCCAUGAAUUGGAUAUUUGAGCAUAUGGAAGACCCAGAUGUGGAUGAUCCUUUACCAUCACAAGGUGGAGCAGGAACAGCGCCUACUACAGAAGCAGAUGAAACUCAGAUCACGAUGUUACAGGACAUGGGAUUUACUCUAGCACAAGCCAAGAAGGCUCUUCGCGAAACGAAUAACAAUACGGAAAGGGCUGUGGAAUGGUUAUUUAGUCACCCUGAGGAGAUGGGAGAGGAUGACACCGUCCCUACUGGAAACAACAGCAGUGGUGGUCAUGCUCCGUUGGGCGAUGCAACACCGCCUUUCCAUUAUGCAUUGGAUUCGUUUGUGUCACACAAAGGCACUUCUGUCCAUUGCGGCCACUAUGUAGCGCAUGUCUAUAAAGAGGGCGAAUGGGUUUUGUUCAACGACACCAAAGUCGCUGUUAGCCCAACGCCACCUAUGUCUGAGGCCUAUCUCUACUUUUUAAAAAGACAACAUGAAUAAAUUGUACUGUCAAGAUAGUACUCAGCGAUUGUUAUUUCGUUCCUAAGGGGAUGUUUCCCGUCUCGC